AAAAAUUCAGGUUAAGUUGAGUUUUUAGAAUAAAAACACAACUUGCAUCCGAUUUAAAUUUUAAAUUUAUAUCUAUCGAAAGCGAUCUAUUGUGGAUAACUAAUUAUAAUCCUAUCACAUAUAGAGGAUAUUUCUCAUGAUAGUUGCUUGAUUUAGCAUGAUUUGUAUUUUACUUGUUUUUAGGAUUAAAUUUGUGGCACCAAAAUUGUGAUAGCAUAAUAAUAAUAAUAAUCUUAUAAGAAAUGGAGAGUGUGACGGUGGUUACCGUGAAACCAAUCGAAGCAACUCCGUCAACCUUUCAAGACUACGGCCAGGUCAUCGAGGCUUCACCGGACGGCGAGGGUUUCGGUCCCCAUGAUGCUCAACUUGACCUCACUAAAGGAAUUCCCAGGUUCUACAUUAUGCAUCUUGAGAACCGGCCGCUUAAGUUUUCUAGUAUCACACAUCAUGCAUGUGUGACUCAGUGCCUUGGGUCCAUUGGUGGUAAUGUUUGGUAUCUUGGAGUGGCUAAGCCAUCUAUUGUUGAUUCAAAUGAAAUCAAGGAUAACACAGGCAAGACAAUCGUGCAGUCACGCGGUGGUCAUUUUUACGCGCCUCCUGCCAUUGAGGAUGUCCAAGUUUUCAAGGUUUCAGGUCCCAAAUUUCUCAAGCUUAACCGUGGGACAUGGCAUGCCGGUCCUCUAUUUACGUCUGAUGCAAUGGACUUUUAUAAUUUAGAACUUAGCAAUACAAAUGUGGUUGAUCAUACCACACACUACUUCAAGAAGCAUGAUGGAGUGACUUUUUCAAUUGAUGAGUAGUUGGAGCUUUUUGUUGUUUCCAGCAUUUCAACUGAUUCUGCACAAUGUGUACCAUGACAGAUACUAGUAAUAGUAUCAUACUAUAUACUAGUACAUAAUCUCUGGAAAUUUAACACAGGUCGAGAAGUGGUCAAAAUCAUUGUCACUAAGAUAACACUAAAUUGUAAAACAUAUCAAUGAACUUUCCUAUAACUAUGCCAAAAAUACCAAAGGAAUGCCAUAGUUAAAAGUUAAAAACAUAAUGCAUGUAGAACCAAGUUUAUAAAAAGUAAGAUCUUUAUUUUUGGUA